AUGGUCCAGACAGCCAGAACCACGAAGCAUCAUCCCGCGGUCGUCCCGUUCCAUCCACCGUCCAGCUUGCCCGCACGACACGACCGUACCGGCCGAUCCGGGAAGCAUCAUCCCUCGUUCGCCAUCCCGCGUCCUACGAUCCGCAUAUCCGCACGACCGCACCGUCUGACUAGGAAAUCAUCGUCCCACGAUCGACCCGACCAGGCAAUCAAACUCAUCCGCCCGACCGAUCCCGUCGACCGAAUACACGAUCAACCGGCCAUGAUCGUUCUGACCGUACCAAAGACAGAACACGACCCGACUCUAGGCCGAGCUUCCCGACCGACCGUCCGAACGGUCCGGUCGACCCGAAGUCAGUUUUGA